AUGGACACACAACAGAUUCAGAGCCUUUGGGCCAACACCCAAACGUCGCUCGCGGGAUUCCAGAAAGAUCAGUCAGAGACCUGCCGCAAAGAAGCCCUGGCCCAGAUCACCAAGCUUCAACGAGCACUUGAGCAGCCCAAAGAUGCCAUCUUGAAGCUGUCGUACCAGCCAAUGGUCUUCAUGGCCUUGAAAGUGGCCCAUGACAUGAAGGUCUUCCCCGUGCUGGCAAAUGCGACAGCACCCGUAUCAGUAAAGCAGUUGGCGGCUGCCAAACCGGCCAACCCUCUGCUUGUCGAGCGGAUCAUGCGCCUCCUGGUGUCCUUUGACAUCGUCGAAGAACCCGAACCGAGCGCCUACCUGCCCACGGCAAUUGCCAAAGAGAUGGUGAAUCGACCGGCAAUCGGCACAAUGGAAUCUUUGUUUUGCGAAUUCCUUCCUAUCUUGCAAAAGACUCCCGAAUACCUCGCCGCGACGAAUUACCAAAACCCCGAAGAUCCGAUGCGAGCCCCCCUCCAAUACACCCACAAUGUUGAGAUCGAUGGGUUCUCCUGGCUGUGCGAGCACCCGGCGGCUCUUACCCGGUUCAACGACUUCAUGGAAGGCCAGCGUGCCAACCGCGUCCACUGGGGCGACUGGUUCCCUGUGCAGGAGCGAAUUCUCGCGGGCGCCGACAGCAAUCCCGAGCGGGCGCUCGUGGUCGACAUUGGUGGGGGUCGCGGUCAUGAUCUCAUGCUCUUCCAAAAGCGGUUCCCGGACGCCCCGGGUAAGCUGGUGCUCGAAGAUCUUCCGUCCGUCAUUGAUGAGGCAGCUUCCGACCUCAACGCGUGUGGCAUCCAAGGUGUCAAGUAUGACUUCUUCAAGGAGGCCAACCCGGUCAAAGGCGCUCGUGUUUAUUACUUCAAGUUCGUGUUUCAUGACUGGUCCGAUGAAAAGGCCCGUGUUCUGCUAGGCCACGUCGUCGACGCCAUGGAGGCUGGAUACUCCAAGCUUGUGAUUGAGGAGUAUAUCCUGCCGGACCGGAACGCCGAAUUCCUGCACGGAACCACCGACAUGGCAGUGAUGAUCUUCUGUUCGGGGCUGGAGCGCACUCGCCAGCAGUGGAAGAGUCUUCUUGAGUCGGUCGGCCUGCAGCCUACCUUCUGGACACGCGAGAACGACGGCCUGGGCGUUAUCGAGUCCGUGUUGCCGGUUGCAAAUGGGACCAAUGGGACCAAUGGGACCAACGGGGCAGCCCAUUAG